AUGUUCUCAUUCUCGUCCUACGGCGCGAGCGCGGAGACGUACGCGAUCGAUCUCACCUACGCCGGCGUCGUGAGGGACGGAGACGACGGGAGGAACGAACGACGGGUCGAGGUCGCCACCACGCUGACGUUCGAGGCGAAAGAUGAUCCCGAGGAAGUCAUAGACCGAGUGGUGAAGCAGCGACAGGAGCUACCGUACGACACGGACGAACGCUACGUGGGGUGUAAAGUGGUGUGCGGCACGACGAACGUAGCGGUGACGCUGACGGUGGAGAAGUUUCAAAUCAAACCCAUCGCGUGCGCGGUGAGCGCAAACGGCAAGGCGACGUCCCGGCGAGCGCAUCCGACGCUCACGGCGGUGCUUAGGCACUGUCACCUCGGAUCUCUUCGGAAACUGGCGGUUCGAGACGGUUUGUUUUUCGCGGUCGUCGAGGCGAGGGAUAAGUGGGCGUCCGUACGCGAACUGGACGCGUCCAGUAACGGGUUGGAGACCGUGCCAAAGGAGGUGUUCACACGCUUCCCAUACGUCGAGCUGCUCAAGCUAGACGAGAACAAGUUGGCUAGCUUACCCGCUCUGAACUCGCUGUCACUUCUGAAAGAGUUAUACGCCAACGGGAACGCAAUCUCGACGGUUCCCGUCGAUCUCGUGGAGGGCGUCGACUUGGAGGUGUUGUCUCUCGAGUUUAACCGUCUGAACAAGCUGCACAUCAAACUGAAGGACUUGUCAAAGCUACGAGUGCUACGAGUGCUCGAGAAUCCGAUCGAGACCCUGCCUCGAUUAAAUAAAGGGCGCAAUCAACAGUGUCUGUCGCUGGCGAAUGUGCAAAUCAACAGAGAUCCAGCCUCUGGCAGUGUUAGUGUCUCGGUCCGCGAGACGAGCUCUUCAUACUUCUCAAGCAUCUACGGCGGCAGCAAGAACGUGAAGAACAAGGUGUACAACCACUUUUUAAACUUAAUCUUCCGUAGUGAAGAGUUUUCUAAUACAUUUCUCAUCGCAGCGAUCGCCGAGAUCGCUGCGAAUGGGCGAGAAAAUUGUGAGGCCAUCAUGGGUGCCGAAGGAGGGUUGCGUCAGCUCUUAAAUGCGCUGAAUUCAACGAAUAGAUCGUUAGUGCAAGAAUCGUCGCGUGUAUUGGCGCACAUAUGCCGUGUGCCUGAGCUCGCACGUUCUCCCGGGGGGGGAGAAAUUCAAGAAGAGUUGAAGAGUUUAAUUCAGGAUCCCAACGAAUUCCGAAAUAAAUGUGGUUUGACUAUUUUGAAUGGUUUAGUGAGCUCUUCGCAUGAAAUUUCAAGAGAGUGUUACACAGAAGAAUUAAUUGAGCGACUCGCGGCUUUGGCGGGGGUGGUUGAUGACAGUAUGCGGCUGCUAGCGCUCAAAGCGAUUGGGACUUUCGCGUUCGAGGAACACAACAGGCAGUUGAUAUUAAAGAAUCGAAGCGUGCACGCGAUCUUGGUCAUGUUCGCGCUGAAACCGGAAUUGAAAGCUGCAAGCGUUGCCGUGAGGAGGGAAGCGAUCAGAGUACUCGCCAUUUUGGGGGAGAACGAGCUCGUGCGCCAGGGUACUCGCAGACCCGAGAUCAGCGGGCGUGGUGUGCGCAUUCUCGCGUUGGAUGGUGGCGGUAUUCGCGGUCGAGCGACGCUUCAGAUGCUGAAAAGAAUCGAGCAAGGAACUGGUCGCCCCAUUCACGAAUUAUUUGAUUUAGUCAUCGGGACGUCCACUGGCGCUAUUUUGGCCACCGCUUCUUGCGUGAAGAAGUACUCCCUCGAUCACUGCGAUGAAAUUUAUCGGAAAUUAGGUCGUAAAAUCUUCAGCCAGACGACGCACGACGAGGACACGGCCGGGGCGAACUCAUGGCUUGGGAGCGUCGGGUCCAUGUACACGAGUGGGAAGCAGCAGUUGCUCGCCACGACUCUGUAUAGUAGCAAGCAUGACAGGAGUACUUUCGAAACGCUUGUGAGACAGGAGAGCAAGGUUGAGAACGAAGACGUGGCGUGGAUCGACACCGCUACGCUCGGUGGACCAAAAGUGUGUUGUGUCUCCACGAUGACAAGUCAGACUCCAGCGGCGCCGUUCUUGUUCAGGAACUACAACUACCCAGUCAGCACCUGCAGUGAACAGCAGCAAACUCAGUUUGGCAGCUGCGAACACUUGUUGUGGCAAGGUGUCUGUGCGUCUGCGGCCGCACCGUACUAUCUGUAUGUCGAUCAGUUCCAAAUAGGGUCGGGGCGAUGGAUUGAUGGAGCUAUGACUUGCAACAACCCGGCGAUGCUGGGUAUGCAGGAGGCUCGCAGACUGUGGCCUGAUAAGAACAUAGACUGCCUAGUGUCCAUCGGAAGUGGGAUUUUCCCUGCUUACGAUCGCGAAACUUCUAUAUCUCUCGUUGCUUUGGCCAAGGACGUUUUGUUCGAGAGUGCAUGCGAUACUGAGCGCGUUCACGAAUACAUGGAGUUGGCGUUGGGGCUCAUUCCAGGCGCCAGGUAUUUCCGGUUCAACCCGGUUGACCCGCGCUGUAAGGUAGAAGUCGAUGAAACCGACGCUGGUGCUCUGCAAGCGUUGAUUGACGCGACGAGAGAUUACAUAUCCGCGGAAGCAGAUAUGUUUGACGAUGUUUGCGAUGUACUUGGAGUUGUGGAUGGUGAGAUUGACGCUGUUACAUCAAAACUUCUGGACACAGAGAUUGGUGGUGCACGGAGUGUAGUAAUGGUCGAAUCACCUCGCUACGAAGAUGAACUUUCAGAGUGUGGUGCGACCGUCAGAAAUUUCUGCAACUUGCGAUCGAUAUCGAUGAAUACCGUCAACUUGUUCUCGAAGGAAAAUGUUAGUCCAGGCGCAGCUAUGUUUGAUCUGAACACCUCAACGCAUUUGUCCACAGCUGCAGUCAUUCAUUUCAACUGCCAUACCGACUCUGAUGGUUUAAUUCUUGCUUGGCAAAAGGAUAUGAUGGCAAUUGCAGAGCCUAGCUCUGUCGCUGAGCUUUUCUUGAGCGCUUCGGGAAGCAAAUACCGGACGAUUGGGGAACACUACGAGGCAGAGUCCCACGCAGAGGUGCAAGGAAUCUUGCACACGCUAGCAGGAAAGCACGUACAAAAGACCGACACCGGCGAGUCGACGACCGCGUACUUGUUUCAGCGCACUAUACCGAUGGAUUAUUUGGACGCCUCAACGAGUCGUGAGCUUUUCGGAGUGUGGCGUGGAAAAAUUAUUGUUUCGCAGUGCACCCCUCCGUUCCAACUCGUCGAGGCGUGGCUAGAGGCUGGAGCAAAAUGUGUCGUCGCACCCUGCGAGCUAGGCGUUCAGGCAAAUAUUGCGCGUGUACACGCUGAUUUUAUUGCUGCGUUUUAUCACGCACUCUUCGUCGUCGGUGCUGAUGCCACUGCAGCACUCACUGCAGCUACGAUUGUUCAACCAGCAUGUUCACAUUUCCGGUGUCACAUCCUUGUUGAAGGCGAGGUGGUGACGCUCUGCCCUGACGAAGAUUACGAACUCGAAGUGGACACGCACGUACACUAG